GUGGCCAGAGCCACGUGACCGGGCGCGGGCGGCCCCGGCGGCGGCCAUGUUGUGCGGCCCUGAGGGCGGCCGGGCCUGGAGCCUCGCCCGGUCAUGGCGGGCUCCCCUUCCUCCCCCGCCGCCGCCUCUUCCUCUUCCUCCUCCUCCUCUUCUCCUCCGUCCUCCUCCUCGCCGGUCCCGGCCAGCAACUGGCUCUCCGGGGUGAACGUGGUGCUGGUGAUGGCCUACGGGAGCCUGGUCUUCGUCCUGCUCUUCAUCUUCGUCAAGAGGCAGAUCAUGCGAUUCGCCAUGAAGUCUCGCCGGGGCCCCCACGUGCCGGUGGGCCAGCACGCCCCCAAGGGACUCAAGGAGGAGAUUGACAUCCGACUGUCCCGGGUUCAGGACAUCAGAUACGAGCCCCGGCUGUUGUUCUACAGUGACGCUCGGCUGCUACAACUGGAGUCGCCUAGAAACCCAUUCCCUUACGACUACGUGUAUCGGAUGAAAGCUUUGGAUGCAGUCAGAGAAGCAGAGAUCCCCUACUCCAUGGAAGGCAGGUAUCCCAAGUUGCUGAUCGAGAAGAACUUCCAGGCUUACUUGCUUGAUCUCCGCAACUCCAGCAGCCCUUUGAAGGGGCUUCGCAAGACCCUGAUCGACGCCCUCCUGGACGGCUACGAGAACGCCCGCUACGGGACCGGGGCCUUCGGCAGAAUGGAAUUCCUCAAGUUCCAGGAGGCACUGCGCGAGCUGGCAACCAUCCUCAAGGCCCAGGGCGAGAGCAGCCAGCGGCAGCACCAGUCGGCAGCCAAGGACCUGACCCUCUUGCCGGACAACUCCAGCCCCACCAUCCAGGUCACCUACCUGCCCUCCAGCCACAAGAGCAAGCGGGCCAUGCACUUCCUGGAGCUGAAGAGUUUCAAGGACAGCUACAACACACUGGAGAGCACCCUGUGAAUCUCCCACCUGCGCAAGGGGGGGGGACAGGCUCCAAUUUCUCUCUCCCCCCCCCAAUCUGGACCAAACCAACCUUGCUGCCUCUGCCCAGGCUUGGCUGCCCCUCGUGGCCCGUCCCUUGCUGUGAAAAGAUUCUGGGGUGGGCA